AUGACCACGUGGAUGGCGCUAUUCGGGCUAGUGUGGCUGCUGCGCGUGCGCGGCUCGCUGUGCGGCUGCGCGGCCUGCAAGCGUGCGCGUCACGAACACGAGGCACAGUGCGAACCCAGCCCGCGCACGCCUAGCCCCGAGGAACGAGCCCCUUUUGAUGUAAUCACGUUGCAACACUACACGCGUGAUGUCACUGUUCAGACUGACUUCGACGAUGAAGAGGUGGAGGAUCUCGAUAAAAUCGAGUUACAGAUUACAGAAGAUACAAACGUCGGUAACUACGAGGGUGGGAGGGAGCAGACUGUGCACAGUCCGGGGAGCGGACGACGGGAAACAGGAAGCUACCAGUACCCAUCGGAUUCCGAUACCGACUCUGUUUGGGAGACAGCUGAUGUGACAUUGGAAAGGGGUGCGAGCGGGCUUGGAUUAAGUAUAGCAGGCGGGGAGACUGGAGGUGACGUCAGCAUAACAAGAUUGGCAGCGGGAGGCGCCGCACAAAAAGACGGAAGACUGCAAAUCGGCGAUAUUUUGUUACAAGUGAACGACAUCUCAGUAGAAGAAGCGCCUCAUUCAGUAGCUGUGGAUGCUCUUCAGAAAGCAGGCAACAUCGUUAGAUUACGCGUACGGCGUGCUCGACGGCCCAGAGUGGUCACCUUGUGGCGAGGCGUUCGCGGGCUCGGGCUGGGCAUCGCUGGUGGAGCCGAUGAUGCAGCAGGUGGUGGAGGCAUAUUUGUAUCGCAUAUAGCUGUCGGUGGGGCCGCUCAUCAUGACGGAAGAUUGAGACUAGGGGAUAAAAUUUUAGCUGUGAGAGAUAAAGACGGUAUAGAAACAUCGCUAGUAGGUGCAACACAUGCUCAAGCAGUAUCAGCGCUAAGAAGUACCGGAGAUCAAGUGACACUUAUUGUGUUAUCUGCCGGCUCCGUGCCGCCAGUUGCCAAAACCGCUCCGCUGUAUUCUACUAAAACGCAGGCGACAUCUUGUUCUACGCUACACGAGUUACUAGAAGAAGAGCCCAGUGACAUACCGAGAUGUGUCCGAAUGGUGCGGCUCGUGCGCUCUGGGUCCCGUCUGGGCAUGGACAUAGUGGGUGGACUAGGUGGGGAGGCCGAGGGUAGUACAGAAGAGGAUGCCUGCGGUGUCUUCGUGUCAGGAGUUUCAGUUGGCGGUGCAGCCUAUGGCAUGCUACAUAGAGGAGACAGAAUACUCAGUGUUGAUGGCAGAGAUCUUACGAGGGCUACUCAUGAGCAAGCAGCAGCAGCAUUGAAGCAGUACUCCGGUACGGCAGUAACGAUAGCUGCACAGUAUCAGCCUGAAAAAUACGAACGACUGCGAGCUCGAAUCCGAGCGAUCAACGCGGCAGCAGCAAUGUCGCCGCAUGCAAGACAUGCUGUACAUCCUGACCUACACGCUAUGUACCCAAGGUGUGAGACACGUGGCAGGUGUUUCAUCAACCUGUUAAAGGAUAAAUUUGGAGAACAUGAAAAUGAUAUUUCGGAUACGUAA